AUGUCUCGGUCAAAAGGUCUCUUAUCCCCAGUACAAACUUAUUUUAAUGAAAAUUCCUUACCUGCCAAGCUAAAUCCGUCCCAAAAAAGGUCUUUAUUUUGUACUUUACUCAAUUUGUUGAACUUUGGUUUUUUAACUCAAUUUCGCGUUUGCAGAUAUAUGGCCGACAUUACAUUAUUUUGUUACGUUCUAGGUACUCCUAUUAAAAGUGCUAUUCCGAUUGACCUUGGCAGUGUAAACAAAGUUGAUAAUGUUGAUGUCCGUCUUGAAAAAUUAAAUUUUGGGCAUCUUAAGAAACUGAUAUGGCCUAACAACAACAUAGCCAACGAACUGAAGCUAUGGAAGUUUGCAACUCCUCUAAGUGAAGAUAACGAAACUUUGAAAGAACUUAACAAGAACUUUCAUAAAGUCAUUGAACCCAGUAAUGAGUUGAGCCCAAGUACGAAGUUUUUAACGGAAUUCCCAACCGAUUAUGAGUUUCUGGAUAACUAUAUCCACAUCAUCGUCAUCAAGGGCUCACCGAUAUAUCUCGUGUCAUUGCAAACUUUGGCUAUCUGCCUCGACAAGUCUUUUUCAGGUGGCCUUGGUGGUACGAGGCUACCUAUGGAUCAGAGGGUGAGACCUACCAAUGAGGGUAUUAAUAUUAAUGACACUGACAUCAGUCUAAGAUUUGAUGUCAUACCUCAUUUGAUCAAAGAUUUUGAAGAUAGAAACGUCAUACUUGUUCGAGCGCCUCCCUUCUCCGGCAAAACAUCUAUGGCCCAAAUUUUGGAGAAUAACUUGGUUCAUGCAAUAGAAUUUUCAAAUCGCAGGAUUAUAAGAGUUUCAAUGAUUUGGGGACAGAGUGUAGGGGUGCAAAAAUGCUUCGAUUCAUUUAAUAUGCUUUGGAACCGGAUUGUGGGUGUAGAUUGGAUCGAUUGGAUAGGGCAGUGCAGAUUUAUUGAAACUAUUUUGAUAAUAGAUGAAGUUCAAUUGAUUUAUGGGAAGGAGAAAAAAAUUGAUGAAAAUAAUUUAGAUUCUGCGGAUCAAUUCUGGUUGACUAUUAAAAGUGCCCUUCAAGAAAUGGCAAAUAUAAAGAUUAUUAUGUUUGCUGCUUAUGGAUAUAGAAGUUCUAACCAAACAGGGUUCACAACUCCUGUCACAUUACCGGAAGAAAAUUGCAAAAAUCUUAUUGACAUCAAUUUUACCAUGAAAGAAUUAGGAACAUAUAUUGCAAAGAUCAGUAGUAGUUACUUCAAAAAUUUAGGUCAACAAAGCGUCUCAAAAUUAUAUGAAUAUAUCCAAGCGGCAACAGAAGGACAUGUGGGUUUGGUUCGUCACAUCUUGAAGUCUAUAGAAAAUGCAAUGAAGAAGCGAAUUGAUACUAAUAACCUAACCUGGGAAACAAUAUUCAAGUACUUGAAUUCAAAGGAUUUUGAUUCAUCAGUCUAUAUCAACUGCCGUGCUGUACCAAGAACUGAUUCACUUACUGAGAAACAAAGAUCAUUAUGUGAGGAAGUUUAUUUAAAAGGAAAAGCUCCUUACUCUAUAAAUAAUUCGGAUCCAGAUGCUUCAUAUCUAGUUAAAUGUGGAUUCCUUGUUGUUGAAAAUAAUGCGUAUUUAACUUUUGCAGCACCCCUUCUUAAACGGUCAUUUUUUCAGCAAAAUUACGGAGCUGUCAAUAGUAUUGAUAUUACUCCCACAGAUUUGUAUCAUUUUAUAAUAAAGAUUUUUACAGCAAUGUGUAAUGAACUAAGUGGAAAAUUUUUAAGAGAAACGCUUGGAUUUGGAUCUGAUGGAAGAAUUUUAGAACAAUCGUGGCAGAAAGAAUUUUAUAGAAUCGGUACACAGGUAUUGGGAAAGGAUCAUUUUUUGUCAUGUGAUGUGGGUUCAGUUUUUGGAUGUGAUGGUAAAAUAGAUUUUUAUGUAGACAAAUUGGAUUGGGCAAUAGAGCUCUUGAGAGAUGGUGAUGAUAUGGCUGAGCACAAAGCAAGAUUUAUUCCUUCAACAGGAGAAUAUAAAGAAAUUAUAAAAUAUGCAAAGAAGUAUAGCUAUUAUUGA